AUGGACGAACAGAACAACUCUUCUGGGAAGGAGCUUCAACAAAGGACACGAGCAGAAGUUCCAGGAAAGAAAAGCUGGCAUUCACAGGCCUACACCCUUGGGGCCAUUUCCAACUUUAUGUCUACUUUUCUGACCUUUCCUAUCUAUAAGGUUGUGUUCCGGCAGCAGAUCCAUGCUAUGGCAGUGUCAGAGGCUGUUCGACAGCUUUGGCAUGAAGGCCCUCAGUACUUUUACCGGGGCAUCUACCCGCCUCUUCUCUCCAAGACUCUGCAAGGGACUCUGUUGUUUGGCACUUAUGAUAGUCUCCUGUGCUUUCUCUCUCCGGUUGGGCCACACUCCCUUGGACAGCGCUGGACUGCAGGGCUCAUGUCUGGUGUGGUAGAAGCUGUGGCACUCAGUCCCUUUGAAAGAGUACAAAAUGUACUCCAGGAUGCUCGCAAGCAAGCUUCCUUCCCUAGCACCUUCAGCAUUCUCAAGGAAUUCAAUUCUUAUGGGCUUUGGGGGCGGCUGUCCCUAGGCUAUUAUCGUGGUUUCUGGCCAGUCCUUGUCAGAAACAGCCUGGGAAGUGCUCUCUAUUUCUCCUUCAAGGAUCCUAUUCAGGAUGGCUUGGCAAGGCAAGGCCUGCCCCAUUGGGUUCCUGCUUUGGUGUCUGGUAGUGUCAAUGGAACAAUCACCUGCCUGGUCCUGUAUCCUCUGAUUGUGCUGGUUGCCAAUAUGCAGUCUCAUAUUGGAUGGCAGAGAAUGCCAAGCCUAUGGGCCUCUGCACAAGAUGUGUGGGACACUCGAGGCCGAAAAAUACUCCUGAUUUAUAGGGGAGGAUCUCUGAUUGUUCUCAGGUCCAGUGUGACAUGGGGCCUCACUACUGCUAUCCAUGACUUCUUGCAGAGAAAGGCUCACAGCAAGAAAGAGAUGAAAGACUGA